GGCGGGACAGUCGGUGACGUCGUUUCCGGGUGGACGCGCUGGCGCGGUGCGGGGACCGGGGGCUCGGCGCUGCCAUGGCGACGGCGCGGGUCCGGCUGAUGGUGGCGGGCGGCGGCGUGGCGGGAGUGACGUGCGCCGAGCAGCUUGCUGGACAGUUCCCGGAGUAUGAGAUCAUUUUGAUUACAGCAUCUCCACUUAUUAAAGCAGUGAUGAACUUCAAACAGAUUUCUAAGACGUUGGAAGAAUUUGAAGUUGAAGAAAGACCAACUCACAUGCUGAAAGAACACUAUCCCAACAUUGAUGUGAUCCAUUCUGCAGUACAACAACUGGAUGCAGAACUACAUACAAUUUACACAGAAAGCGGCAAAGAGUACAUUUAUGAUAAGCUGUGCAUAUGUACUGGAGGGAGGCCGAAAAUGAUUGUCAAAGACAACCCGUAUGUAUUAGGAAUUCGGGACACUGACAGUGCCAAGAAAUUUCAAAGUCGUUUGGCUAAAGCAAAAAGAGUUAUCAUUGUAGGCAAUGGAGGCAUAGCACUGGAAUUGGUCUAUGAGAUUGAAGGUUGCGAAGUCAUUUGGGCAAUAAAAGACAAAGCAAUUGGAAAUACCUUCUUUGACGCUGGAGCCUCAGAGUUUUUGAUUCCCCAACUUAAGGCUGACAAGCCUGAAGUAACCACCCCUUGCAAAAGGACUAAGUACACGACAGAAGGCGCUGAACGGGAAAAGGACAAUGUUGCUGAAAGUGAAGCGCUUGGCAGUGCGUUGGGCCCUGACUGGCACGAGGGCAUGAAACUGAAAGGAAUACAACAAAUUUCCCACAGAAUUCACGUUGAAUACGAGUGUGAGAUUGCUAACAUUUGGCUACAGGAAGAGUUUGUGUCAUUGCAGAAAGUAGCAUUGGCAUCCCCUGGCCACGCAGCGGAAGAAAGUAAAACUGGAAUUGAUGAAGAAUCUUGGCCUGUGUACGUACAAUUAACAAAUGGGAAGAUCUAUGGCUCUGAUUUUAUAGUGAGUGCAACUGGAGUGAUACCAAACGUGGAACCAUUUGUCACAAAUAACCCUUUUGAUGUGGCAGAAGAUGGUGGCCUGAACGUGGAUGAACAGAUGCAUACCUCUGUCCCUGAUGUUUUUGCUGCUGGUGACGUGUGCACGGUCGCUUGGGAGCCGCGAGCACUUUGGCAUCAGAUGCGACUGUGGACUCAAGCCAGGCAGAUGGGAUAUUAUGCAGCAAAGUGUAUCGCAGCAGAGGUGUCGGGGGAAUCAAUCGAGUUGGACUUCUGCUUUGAAUCCUUUGCUCACGUCACCAAGUUCUUCAAUUAUAAGGUGGUGUUGCUGGGGAAGUACAAUGCCCAGGGUCUGGGGACAGAUCAUGAGCUGCUGCUGCGAUGUACCAGAGGCCAGGAGUACCUGAAGCUUGUGAUGCAGAAUGGAAGGAUGAAGGGAGCUGUGCUUAUCGGUGAAACCAACUUGGAAGAGACCUUUGAAAACCUCAUUCUAAAUCAAAUGGACCUUUCUGCAUAUGGCGAGAACUUGCUUGACCCACGCAUUGACAUUGAAGAUUAUUUUGACUAAGACAUUGACUUUGAUUAUUUUGACUUUACUGUGUCUUAUUAAGGUAGGCCAUGUAAUUUGGCCUGACGUACUCUGGUCAAGCUGUAUCUGCCAUCCCUUGUGGUUACUAAAGACUGCAUGGUGUUGCGUGAAGGCUUCUAAGGAGUUCUUUAUUAAGUAAAGCACUAAGUGCUGGAGGAGCUCAAGGGGUCAGGCAGCAUUCUGUAGAGCAAAUGGAUGGGUGACAUUCUUGACCCAUCUAGAGAGUGAGAUAAGAGAGAUGGAGUUGGGACAAAGCCUGGCAAGGGGCUGCCACACAGGUGAUCAUUGCAUUAUGUUGUAUCUUCCAAAAGUCACCCAUCUAAUGACUUUCUCCACCCCUGCACUUUUUUUAAUAAAUUGCUUCUUAGAAAUAAA